AUGGCGAACAACGGAGAAAACCCAAGCCCCAACGUCUGCGGGAAGACCGUAAAGCUGAAGGCCGACGACGGCGAGAUCUUCGAGGUGGAGGAGGCCGUGGCCAUGGAGCUGCAGACCGUAAAGUCCUUCUUCGACGACGACGGCGUUUCGUACGACACCGUCGUUCCCCUCCUGAACGUGUCGUCGACCGCGCUCGCCAAGGUUAUCCAGUACUGCCGGCGAGCCGUGGAGCUGAGGGCCAAGUCCGGAGACGACGAGGGCGCGAAUGAGAAGGCGAGGGAGGAGAGGGAGGGCCUGGAAGCGGAGUUGGUGAGGGAGGAGAGCGACGAGGGGAUAAAGGAGUUGAUUCUGGCGGCGAAUUACCUGAACAUCAAGGACAUGCUCUCUUUUCUCUGCCGGGCCGUGGGCGAUCGGAUCAAGAACAAGAGCGUGGAGUACGUGCGCCGGUUCUUCGUGUUAGAGAACGACUUCUCGCCGGAAGAGGAGGAGCGGAACCGCAACGAAGUUGCCUGGGCCUUCGAGGGCGUCGACGCCGAUUGA